AUUAAACACAUUUAGUUAUUACUCUCAUUAGCGAUCGAACACGUGACCUCUCAUGUGAGGAAGUUACUAUAGUGCUGUUGGAUUACAAAAUCUUUGGCAUAUGAGAUUAUAAUUGAUUAGACGAAUUGAAAAAAGUGACAUGUUUCUAGCACAAAAUUUAUAUUUUAAAAGUUUUUUUUAAUGAGCAAAAAAAAAAAAGAAAAACUUGUAUUUUUAAAGUGAUAGGAGGAGUAAAAUUAAUGUUGAGAAGAAAAUAUUAAUUCUGGGUCAAAUUCUUAUUGUCUACAUGGACGUUAGAUCCCGCGCCAUCUCCUAAAGAGGAGGAAGAGGAUGCUUAUCCGUGGCUUCUCAAUGGUGACCUCAACCGCCGCCGCCGCCGCCACGCCGGCCGUCGCCUUUCCCAGGCAACGCUCUCGAUGCCACUUUCCAUUAAUUGCAAGAUUUCUAGCUUCCGUCAACCGACCUUCAACUAUUUGCACUGCCUCAAACUCCGUCGUCAGUCUCGCCCUUUACUCCACCGAGUCCUCCACCGAGUCAAAGCAAAAACCCUUGAAGCCAGGAUUAUAUCUGGUGGGGACACCUAUUGGGAAUCUUGAAGACAUUACUCUGAGAGCUUUAAGAGUCUUAAAUUCUGCAAAUGUGAUACUCUCUGAGGACACCAGGCAUUCGGGGAAGUUGCUGCAACAUUACAAUAUUAAGACUCCUCUUAGGGAGCAGGCUGUGUUAACAAGACUGAAGGAGGGUCAAAUUGUGGCGUUGAUCAGUGAUGCAGGAACUCCGGGCAUCAGUGAUCCCGGUGCAGAAUUGGCAAAAUUAUGUGUGAAGAUGAAUAUACCUGUGAUUCCUAUCCCUGGUCCUUCUGCCCUCAUAACUGCGCUAUCGGCAUCUGGCUUACCCACUAAUGAGUUCACAUUUGUUGGAUUUCUCCCAAAACAUGCUGGUUCUAGGAGAGAGAGGCUCAUUGUUUCUGCAAAUGAGGCGACAACUCAGAUUUUCUAUGUUCCACCUCACAAGCUUUGCCAUUUUCUUGAGGAGACUUCUUCCGCAUUUGGCGAUUCUAGGCAGUGUGUAAUAGCACGAGAAAUGACUAAAUUAUAUGAGGAGUUCUGGCGUGGCACUAUAGGCCAAGCCAAAGAAGCAUUCUCAACACAUCAACCUAAGGGGGAAAUCACCUUCUUGCUUGAAGGAAAACCGCCGAGUACAGAUGAUGCUCCAUCUGAGUCAGAACUGGAAAGUGAUUUGAAAGAGCUGAUAUCGCAAGGGCACACUCUCUCAACGGCAGUGAAGAUGGUGGCAACAGGCAAGUCUAUGAAAAGAAAAGCCGUAUAUUCUCUUGCACUCAGAAAAUUUGGGAGGCCACUUGAAUCAGAGGAGGAUGGUGAUCAUCCAUGACCUGCAGUAAAAGAGAGCAAAAACAAAAGAAAGAAGUAUUCGUUGCCGCCGUUGAUGGACUGGCUGCUGCAGAUGAGAGCAUUGUUUUGGUCUCCCAUGCCGCAUGGUUCGGGGGCAAAACAGUCUUUCUCUGAUCAACACUGCAUUCGUACCGCCGUGAUUUUGCUCCCCAAAGCGCCGGAGAAGAUUUUCCUUCCCCACUCUUUGACUUUUUUUCUUACCUUUUCAACUUAUGUGGUAAUUUCUCUCCUGGCUCUGACUUUUCAUGGGAAAAAUCAUCCAUGUGGAAUCCUAAACUAUGUAUAAAGUCAACGCGCAUUAAAGUUAUGGUUCUCAU